GACAGACUGGAACCCAGGCUAUACGCAACUGUGUAAUUUUAGUUUCUCAAAAUUUAGUGUUCGUUUACCAGUUCAAGUUUUACAAAAAUAUCGAUUUGAAUAAACACCGCCGUUAGCAAGGGAGGUUACUCUCAGAACACUGACACCAACAAUUUCAUCAUUAAUGUUUAAAAAACGAAACAGAAAGCAUUGAAUACGCACAGUCAAGGGAUAUAUUUCUGUCAGAAAAUUCAACAUUGAAUAUUUGAUCUGAAAUGGCGGAAACUUCAGGAAAGGUGAAGAGAACGCAGCCAGCCUGGUCCCCACCAGAGCCAAAGAGGAAACCAGCAAAACUGAAGUUGUACAACAGUCUUACAAGACAAAAGGAAGAAUUUGUGCCUCAGAAUGGGAACCAGGUGCUGUGGUACAGCUGCGGACCAACUGUGUACGAUUCGUCACAUAUGGGGCAUGCUCGGUCUUAUAUUUCGUUUGAUAUUUUACGACGGGUGAUGACGGAUUACUUCAACUUUAACAUAACAUACUGUAUGAAUAUUACAGAUAUUGAUGACAAGAUUAUCAAGCGUGCGAGACAGAACCAUUUAUGGGACAAUUAUAUCGCAGAAAACCGACCUUGGAAUACAAUUAUAGCAGAUAAUGUGAAGGCAAUGGAGCCAUUCAAAACAAAAAUGGAGAAGGAAGAAGAUAAUGACAAACUUGCAAUGUACCAGAGAAUGAAAGUUAACAUAGAAGCAGCCAUCACUAACAUGGAGGCCUUAGUCAAUAACAAGAGUGAGGAAUCUCGUGUUGCUGAAGCAAAACAGGAACUGUUACUUGCCUCAAAGGAUGUGCUCUCUGAUUGGUUGGACAAUCAGCAUGGGUCAGAGGUCACGGAUAAAUCUAUCUUCUCUAAACUGUACCAGCAUUUUGAACAGGAAUAUCAUGAAGACAUGAACAGUCUUAAUGUGCUAGGUGCCGAUGUAUUGACUCGAGUGAGUGAUUACGUGCCAGAAGUGGUUGACUUUGUGCAGAAAGUCAUCGACAAUGGCUACGGGUAUGAGUCCAAUGGUUCUAUAUAUUUUGACACAACUGCUUUUAGCAAUGCACCCAGUCAUUACUACGCAAAGCUGGUACCCGAGGCAUAUGGUGAUAUGAAGGCUUUGAAAGAGGGAGAAGGUGAGUUGAGUAUAUCAGAGGAUAGGAUGAGUGAGAAAAGGAGUAACAAUGAUUUUGCUCUCUGGAAAGCUAGCAAACCUGGGGAACCAACCUGGGACUCUCCAUGGGGAAAGGGACGACCAGGUUGGCAUAUAGAAUGCUCUGUAAUGGCCAGCAGUAUACUUGGAGAAUCACUAGACAUUCACACUGGAGGAGUGGAUCUCAAAUUCCCUCAUCAUGACAAUGAAUUGGCACAGGCAGAGGCAUAUUUUGAAAAUGACCAUUGGGUGCGAUACUUCAUUCACUCUGGUCAUCUGACAAUUGACGGAUGCAAAAUGUCCAAAUCUCUGAAGAAUUUUAUUACCAUCAAAGCAGCUUUGGAGACACACACAGCCAGGCAGCUGAGAUUGUUAUUCUUGCUUCAUUCUUGGAAAGAUACAUUGGACUAUGGCAAGGACACCAUGACUGGCACAAUUAGAUAUGAGAAGUUGAUCUCGGAGUUUUUUCACAUGUUAAAAGACAUCAAAAGAAAUACACCAGGUGUUGGAGUAGACGCUUUUGAUAAGUGGGGACCUGAGGAACUUAGUCUGAACCAAAAGUACAGUGACACCAGAGAGGAAGUACAUGAAGCCCUAUGUGAUUCUAUAGACACUAAAAGAACAUGUGAUGCAAUAAAAGAUUUAAUUAAAGCCUGCAAUAUAUAUGUCCCUGAAAUCCGAAAUAAGAGGAGACCAAAUCGAAUUCUACUGGAAAAUAUUGGAGCAUUCAUCCUAAAAAUUUUCAAGAUAUUUGGAGCAGUACAAGCUGAUGAAGACUGGUUAACAGUUUCUGGUGGAGCAGCUACAGGAACGGUUGAUGUAGAAGAAACUGUGAUGCCAUAUUUGACUGUAUUUGCCAACUUCAGGGAGGACAUAAGAAAAGUUGCAAGAGAGGAAAAAGUGACAUCAGUAUUGAAAGUGUGUGACAAUCUACGUGAUGAAGUAUUGCCAAACCUUGGUGUGAGAUUGGAGGACAAAGAAGGUCAACCUCCAGUUAUUAAACUCGUUGAUAGAGAAACACUACUCAGAGAAAAGGAAGAGAAAAUGAAGCUUGAAGAAGCGAAGCGAAAAGAAAAAGAACUGAAAAAGCAGAAGGCAGAGAAAGAAAAGGCAGAAAAAGAAGCCCAGAAGAGAAUACCUCCAUCAGAACUCUUCAAGAAUGAGACAGACAAGUACUCAAAGUUUGAUGAAAAGGGACUUCCCACUCAUGAUGCAGAAGGAAAAGAACUUUCUAAAUCAGCUCUCAAGAAAAAUAUGAAGUUAUACGAGGCUCAAGAAAAGAAAUACAAGGAGUUCACGGAGAAGUCAGGAAACUAGUCUGCCUGACAAAGUUUUUGAACUAUUUUGUUGGUUGAUAAUUACACAACACUGGCAUAAAAUUUAGGUCUAGAAUGGGACAGAAGUGUGCUUAAAGUAUUUAUUUAACAGUUUAAAUGAUAAAGACCAUGAAAGGAAAUAUCCUGUUAAAGUUACAGAAGAUUAAUAUACAGUAAACUUUGCUUACAGCCAACUAACUGUAACAUUCGAAACAUGUUCCUUAUUCUGGGAGUUAUAGUUUUUUGUAACUUGUAAGCAUAUAACAAAUCAGUUCUGUAUAUCAGACGCUUUUAUAGAGAACCAAAAACAUUUAUAACGAGCUGAAUGUUCACCAUUUUUUUCUAUUUCUGAUUAAGGUAUAUAUUUAUAACUCAUCUUAGUUUGUGAUUGUCAUCUCAUUUCCCUUUCUUAUAUAAAAAAAUACUGAAAUAAUUUGAUUGUUUAUGUUAUAUGAAUGUGUAAAACAAAGCCACAGGACAUAAAAUUAAGAGAAAUGUCUUUAUACAACAUCUGUACUUACAUAUGUAUUAGUUUGAAUAUGAUUUGCAUAGAAAAUGUUCAAUCUUCAAUGUAGAAUAUGUUUAUUAUUCAAUAAACAUGACACCUUUUCCAUACAUUGUUUUUCAAGUUAAACACACCUCUACAAAAAAGCUUUAUAUUGUACUGAUUGAUGCCAUUGUAAAAAUGAUCUAAAGUGUGUUACAUAAUAGGCUAUUUAUAAAUAAAAAAACUAAUAUAUACAAGUUAUUACUGAACCCAGUGCAAAUUCAUUCAACCAGUUUAAAUGCAUGUCAGUGAAAACAAACUUCUUGUUGAAUAAGUUGUCUUUCUAUUUGGAGUUUGAUAUAAACAUGUUAUUUUCAGCGUAUUUUGUCGAUUGAGACUAAAAUUUUUGUUCCUUAUAAUUAAUAAUUCUUUAUAACAGUGUUCACUUGAACAAUAUUUCUUUUUUGCAUUAAAUAAAGAAGUGCAAAAUUUUAGGCCAAAACUAAUUGUGUCUUGUAACCAGCAAUUCACUAUAAAAGUGUUUGCUAUAUGUGAAGGUUAUUGUAUAUUGAUUUGUCAGAUAUAAAUAUUUUUACAUACAAAUUGAAUGGUAAAUGAAAAAUGGCACAUACAUUGUAUUUUAUAUUUUGUCAAUUAAGUUAUUGUUUCUUACAUGUAAAAAUACAAUGCCAUUAAUACACAUCAGAAAGUUAAUAAAGAAAUUGGUGAUUUGUGUAGUUUAUCCUUUAUUUUAAUGCACAAGAAUAAUUUCUAUCACUAAUAACCUUUUUUAAUGAUAACGAUACAUGUGAUCUAUUUGUUAAUGAUAUUAUAUAUAAAUGCUUUACAAUUGUGCAAAACCAGUGGUAUAUGGCUUUUGAAAUGUUCAUAACUGUUAGUCUGUUACACAAGUCAUGUUGCUUACGUCACGUUAUUUAUUGUUUUUAAAACUUUGGUAUUCAUUUUAAUGUCAUAUAGGUUUAGAUUAUUUCAUGUUAUUACCGUUUUGUUUAAACUAUUUCAUUAUAAAACAGAUGUAUAAGAGUAAUUGCAGUAUAUAAGAGUAAUUGCAGAUGAAAUAAUACAAGUAUCUAUGCCUGAAUCUUUGAAUGUAACAUAACAAAAAAUAAAAGACUUAGUACUGAACUGUAGUUUGAUAGGAUGUUCAAAUGUUUUCAUUAAGUAAUACUUAUAGACAUACGGCUGAAAAUACACACCAACAUGUAUAAAUCCAACAUAAAUUGUUCAACAGUUGUGAUUAUAUAUUUUAAUAUGAAUUGUGUACCAUAAUAUAUACAAUAUAUAUACAAUUACAAAAAAGAUAGAGUUCUUAAGUACCCAACAUACAUCACUGCAACAAUGAAGUAAAGUACAUAUUUAUGUAAGUAGACAAACAAGUGUCUACAACAAAGAUGAAUUUGUAAGAAUUGUAAAAAACAAACUUACACAUGUACACAUGUCAUUAAUUAUAUAAUAUUUUUUUUCUUAUUUAUUCCCUUGCAGAUAUAUUUAGUAUGACUAUUUUGUUAUCAAAAUUAUUAAUAAUGGUUGAUCGUAUAGUGCUUUCCAUAUACUAAUUUAUCAUUUCCAGUAAAAACACAUUUUUAUGAUACUUUUUAUGAUGAAAUAUUGUUUUAGUAUUUGUAUUCUCUUUGUUACUGACGUAUAUUAAUAAAAAUAUAUGAAUUGGUGAUUAAUACUGUAGUAAUACUGUAGUAAAAUAGUUACGUGAACAUAAACUUUCUAAAAACAUUUCUUUAACCGUUUAAAGAAUGAAACUAUUUUUCCUUUGAAAUCUAAAUAAUGUUGAGAAAUUGUAGAUGUAGAAAAAGAUUUUAAAGUAUUUGUUCAUAAUUUAAAUAGUUUUCAAAAACACUCGAUUAGCCACUUGUCUGCACCGAAUCUUUCUCUAUGUUUUUGUUUUACUGUAUUUGACUUUUUAGAAAUGGUGUUGUCUGUCAAAAUAAAAUGUGAAAAAGAAA